AUGGAUGAUCUUGAUUUCUUUUGUUGUCAAAGAGUCUACAGUCGUUUACGAGUACAGGAUACUCUUGCUGCUGCUGUGGAUUCCUUUGAACCAGAAAUCAUUCAACAACCGAACAGCUUGUCGACGCCAGCCUUUGCCGUUGCCAUCCCUGGAUUGGCCUUGUUGGCAGGACUGGCAUUUGUUGCUGUUUACUGGAAAUUCGCAAGACAUGGACACAAAGUUCAUGACCUGGAAGAAGAUCUGGAAACCGACCGGAACGAAAAUUUCGGACAGGAAGACAAUCUGGAAAUGGAAGAUAGCGAGGAUGAUCUUGAAACGGAUAUGAGUGAACUGUCUAGCCUGGAAGAAUUGGAAGAUAGUGACGAAUGCCUGGAAACUGAUAUGAUUGAAGUGUCUGGAAUGGAAGAUAGCGAGAAUGACCUGGAAACGAAUAUGAGUGAAGUUUCUAGACUGGAAGACUGUCUAGAACUGGAAGAAUUGGAAGACAGCGAUGAUGACCCGGAAAUGGAUAUGCAUGAAAACAGUCAGGUUCAUGGAAGUAAAAUGGAACACCAGUGGAAGGAAGCAGAGGAAGAGAACGCCUUGCUUCGGAAUCAACUUGUAGACAAAAAUCUUUUGCUGGAAAAGACGGCAGAUGAGGGAGCAGAAAUGAAGAGAGAAAUAGAGAACUUGUACCUUCAAACGGAACAAGUGCUAACUGAAAAGCUCCGCUUACAAGACGAUUUAGAAGUGGCUCUCGACCAAGGAGAGGAGAAAGAGAAGAUAAAUAAAGAACUGAGGGAGACAAUAGCGUCCCUGGAGCGUCGAUUGGAGGAGAAUGUUAACUUCCUCAAGAAAAGGGACGAAGCUGAAAGAGAAAUGAGAAGUCUCUUCGAGCAGCAGAUGGUCGAUCAAAAACGAGAACUGGAGAACGUUAUGGAAAAAGGAAUUGAGCUAGGCCUCAAACUGAAAGAACUGGAAAGCAGCAAUCAAGUGCUUGCUUCCGAGAAAGCAUAUUUCGAGAGGAAAGUCGACCAUGUACAAGGAUUACUCGCACGGAUAGCUAAGGAAUCUGAGGAGGACCGCGAGAAACUGAGGGAGCUGGAAAGUCAAAUGAUGAACAUCGAAGACUUUGUGGGAGAGCUGGAAAGCCAGAUAACGGACGCUGAAAAGGACAAUGUUGCUCUCCGAGAAAAACUGGAGCUUAUAGAAGUAGAAAACUCUAGACUAACGGAACUGGCUGCAGGCUACGAAGCUCAGCUCCAAGCUACACUGGAAAACGCAGCUGACCUAAGAGAUAGAACGUGCGAGCUUGACAAAAACCUGGAGAACGAGACUCGGAAAAACUUGAUCCUAAAGGAUCAAGUCCAAUCGCUAGAGUCAGUUUUGUCCCAAACGGAAUCGCGAUUAGUUUCGGCAACAGAAUUUCUGAACGCUGAAAGAGCUACAACUGAGAUCAUGGGUGCAGAACUGGAAGUGAUGAAGAAUUGGGUCUCAGAAUUAGGAGGAGAGAAUGCAAAGUUUGACGAACAGCUAAACGAAAAAGUCUUAGAACUGAAUUUAGUGAAAGAAGAGUUGGAAAAUGAAAAGAGGAAGACCCAGGCUCUGGAGGAAGAAGGUCAGGGUCUGAAGUACUGGGUCGCAAAAUUAGGAGGAGAGAGAGCUUGGUAUAUAGAAAAAUUUAACGAAAAAGUAUUAGAGCUGAAUUUGGUGACGAAAGAGUUCGACAAUGAAAAGAGGAAGACCCAGGCUCUGGAGGAAGAAGGUCAGGGUCUGAAGUACUGGGUCGCAAAAUUAGGAGUAGAGAGAGCCUGGUAUAUAGAAAAAUUUAACGAAAAAGUAUUAGAACUGAAUUUGGUGAUAAAAGAGUUCGAAAAUGAAAAGUGGAAGACCCAGGUUAUGGAUGAAGAAGGCCAGGUUCUGAAGGGCUUGAUCUCACAAUUAAGAGAAGAGAGAGCCUUGUAUAAUGAACAAUUAAACGAAAGAGUCUUAGAACUGUCUUUAGUAAAGGAAGAGUUGGAAGUUGAAAAGAGGAAGACCCAGGAAAACCACUUGGAAAAAAAUUCACUGAAAACAUCUUUGCAGAAUGCUCUCCAUCAUGGGAACGAGAUGGAGAACUUGUUAAAAGAAGAAAAGAAGAGAGGACAAGAGAUGGAGACUUCCUUGAGAAUCUUAAAGGUCGAGCUUGACAACAGAGCCCUCCAAAUACAAAACUUCUUAAACGAGGAAAGAAAAUUGGUAUGUGAAAAAGAAGAACUAGAAGAAAAACUAGGAGUCGCUCUUAAUCACGGCAAGGAACUGGAAAGGUUACGAGAGGAAGCAGAACUGAGGGCGAGAAAAAUUACAAAAGAUUUCGAGGAUGAUGUCCAGAAAAGGGAGACACAAAUCCGCGAAAUGAGUCUGUAUUAUCAGGAGACUCUGAAGCAGAAGGACGGCGAAUUGGAGAAGCUGAGGGAAGAUGAUGAAGACCUGAGAAAAGAAUGUGAAAAGUUGAAAGAAAACUGGAGGAUACAAGAGGAAAAUAUGAUCAAGGAUCAGCAAGUUUACAGGGAGCGCCAAAGAAGACAGGAAGAGGCUUUGAGGAAACAAGAUAAAUACAUGUUAAUGACGCUUCUCCAUGGGACAGCUCAGAGGAACUUCACUCUGCAGCACAUUGCACUGCAGCAUGGGAAUGAAAAGAAGCAAGAUGAAGGGAAAGAGGAGGACCUGUCUGAGUUCCUGCAGAUGAGAAAGGAGGAACAGUACAGGAAAUACUGCGAUGCCCAACUUGAGAGGAGCAACUAUGGGAAGCAGUGGGAGGUCCUAACUCAGACGCUGACAGACCUCAUCCACGAAGACGAGAGAAAUCCAGAAGCCACAAAAGAUGAACAAAAAUGUGGGGAGGCGAUCGCCCAGGACGCUUUAUUGGAGAGGUGA